UUUUUACCAGUGCCUGGGACUGCAGGAAACCAGCUUGAAGCAAAGAUUGACAAGCCAAGCCGUGUGCAUUGGAUGUGCUACAAAAAGACAGAUGACUUUUUCACACUUUGGAUUGACCUGAAUAUGUUCAUGCCAAUUGGGAUUGACUGUUGGAUCGAUAAUAUAAGGUGAGGGGGAGAAUGAAUAUGAUCCAUGUCAAAAUAAUUAUGUUUAGAUCUUAUGAUUAAUUCAAUCAUUGUAACUCUUAGGGAGCAUUUGCUAAUUGUUCAUUGUUGUAUCAAUAAAUAAUGCACUGUAAUAGAAGAGCGACGCAUACAACCACAACUCUAUUUUCACAAGUUUGAUAUUGAGUGCUCAGCAUUUUAGUGGUUGGGUUCAUUUCCUUAUGCAAUAACAUUCUGUACAUACUGCAUAUUUCCUGCUACAGAAUUGUAUACAAUAGGACAACUCGCAAGUCAUCCAAUUCUGCAGGGGUGUCUGUGAGAGUGCCUGGUUUUGGACAGACAUAUACUGUUGAGUUCUUGGACAAAAACAAGCUGUCAGGUGAGAACAACCAUAAUGAGGCCAUUUUUUCUUAUGUUUUCUUUUUGAUUAUGAUUUCAUUGAAUGAAAUCUUUCCUUUUCCAGGUUAUUUUAAUAAUAUGGUUACACAUUUGGUCAACAUGGGAUAUGUCCGCAAUGAGGCUGUCCGAGCAGCACCAUAUGACUUCAGAGUAGCUCCAAGUAAGUGACAUCAUGGACACACACACACACCAUCCAACUGAAAAUCACUUUCCUGUAGUGCAACUCAUUCAUUGUUUGUGCACACAUGCUUACACAUAAUGUGAAUGUUCCUAUUUGUCUCACCUUAUUAGACGAGCAGGAGGAAUACUUUGCACGACUGAAGAAGCUGGUUGAGGAUAUGUACGAACAGUAUCAACAACCACUUUACCUCCUGGGACACAGCAUGGGAAGCAAUUAUGUCCUCUACUUCUUAUAUCAGCAGACCCAGGCUUGGAAAGACCAAUACAUCAAAGGCUUCAUUUCACUUGGAGCACCCUGGGGUGGGGCAGUCAAGACCCUUCGAGUGCUAGCAUCAGGUACUGUAUGUCACAAUUUGGUGGACAGAUUGAACAACCUCCCCCAUAGUAGAAACAUGAUAUACUUGACAGAACCUGAUAACCGGGUUGAAGUAGAUCACAUUGACAGUAGUCACUUCAUAUUGCUAAAAAAAAUUUGACUUGCGGGUGAAAGUAGAAUUAAUUUAUUUCCCAGUACGGGACCUCCUAUAUAUGCACCUAAUCAUAGAAUUACAUAUGGAAUCCCUGUUAAUUCAAUAGGAUCUCUGUGGGCCUAGUUGUAAAGAUUUGUAAUUUAGCUUUUAAAAUGUAUUACUGGACCUUUUAUUGUGGCAUAAACACAACCAGUCAUGUUUUUAUCUGAUUGUCAAACAAUCACUUAAGAGCUUCUCUACUAGGCUAUCUGUGCACGUUCAUCCCCUCGCAACAUAUUUCCAGCCUCCAAACAGUGGUGAAUGGAAAGCGACAUCUGUUACACAAAACACCAAAAGUGCCCCCACUAUUUAUUUUGCCGGGACGCCAUACCGGACCGCCUUGCCCACAUCUUCAUUUUCUUGAAAGGGGGGUAGGUCAGGUUUGUCUGGAUUACUUUGGCGAGUCACACAUUGGCUGGAGAUUGCCAAGAGAAAAUAAUUGAUAUGAAAUGAUAACAAUUGUCUCCGCAGGUGAAAAUCUUGGCAUCCCACUGGUGUCCAACAUCAAGAUCCGGGAGCAGCAGCGGAUGACCACCACAAACCCCUGGAUGCUUCCAUUUGAAGAGGCCUGGCCUGCAGACCACGUCUUCAUCUCCACGCCAUCAUUCAACUAUACCCGCCAGGACUACCAGCGCUUCUUUAAAGACAUUGACUUUGAGGAUGGCUGGUUCAUGUGGGAAGAUACCAGAAACCUGACAGCUGGUCUGCCCCCUCCUGGUGUUGAGAUAUACUGCUUCUAUGGUGUGGGGCUGCCCACACCGGUUACUUAUAUUUAUGACGACCAGUUCCCAAAUGCAGACCCCAUAGACUAUGUGUAUGCUGAUGGGGAUGAUACAGUGGACAGUCUUAGCAUGGGUCUAUGUAAACGCUGGAUAGGGAAGCAAGCACAGCCUGUCCAUGUCAAGGAAUUCAGGUCUAUGCCCCACAUGGAAAUAGUAUUAAAUAGGAAGGUGAUCAACGUGGUCCAGAGUAUUCUGGAGGGAAGAUAUGGCGAAGAGGAUUCUACAUUCCAUGAGACUGAUGAACGUCCCAUUGAUUCCCCAGUCAUGCAAGAUCAGGCCCAGCCGGACCAGCCUCCCAAAUCUACACUGUAAACUUUUGGGGAGAAAAUGAUUCACCCUCCCAAUAUACAUACUAUUAC